UCCGAGAAGAGAUCUUUUGAGUUUUUUCUUAUAUUAAAUUUAUCAAUAACGUUGUAAUUACAGCAACCUUAUCCGUGGCGGUGGCUCUUUUGUACGGGAUACAUACGAACACCGUCCACCGGGGUAGUGUUCACCCAGUGCUGCCUUUCAUGAGUGGACAGCACUGUAAAGUGGUCCACUCACAGAGAACAACGGUGAUUUCUCCCAAACAUCUCAAUCGAUUAUUGAUCAGCAAUAAUUCCCGCUAUUGUCGGCUCAAUAACGGCCUGGUCGCUGGACACUGGGAAGUGUCCGGGCAUUUGGAAGUACCCGUUUUAUCUCGUUAUGACCAAGUUACACGGCUAGAGGAUUUACCCGCCUGUGUGAACAGAUGUGAGGAGGCGACAGGACGUGGACUACAACUCACACCACCACACCUAUUCUCCUAACAAGUCUCCUUUAUGGUUGGAUCCAUUAUUUGAUAACGGCCAGCUUUCUUCACUUUUUAAACCGAAUGGAUUUUAAACCCGCAUGAAGCUGGAUGUUUUUGCUGCCCCGGUGCUGUGGAGAUAAUCAACGUCUAAUAAGGACGCACUUCUUGCCUCUGGAGGAAAGUUAAAGGCAGAUAUGGAUCAGGCCAGCGGCGGGGAAGACCCCAACAAGCCCUCCAAGAAGAAGUCCAGCGAGGAUGAGGGGAAAAAUAAAAAGCUGAACAUACACAUUAAAACUUUGGCUGAUGAUAUGCGUGAUCGAAUCACAAGUUUCAGGAAAACAGGGAUGAAGAAGGAGAAGCCACUUAUACAGCAUCCAACAGACCCCCUCUCCCCCCAAUCCGAACUACCGCUUCCUCAGCCCUUUUUUGACGACAGAUCCAUGAACCUCUCUGAAAAAGAAAUUAUCGACCUCUUCGAGAAAAUGAUGGAGGACAUGAACCUGAACGAGGAACGAAAAGCCCCUCUACGUGGGAAGGACUUGAGUACCAAACGAGAAAUGGUUGUGCAGUACAUCUCGGCCACUGCAAAAUCUAUAACUGGGAGCAAAGUUGCGGGCGGACUAAGGAACAGCAAGCAUGAGUGUACACUUUCAUCACAAGAAUAUGUCCAUGAACUGCGAUCGGGCAUCACAGAUGAAAAACUGCUCAACUGCCUGGAAUCCCUUCGAGUGUCUCUCACCAGUAACCCUGUCAGUUGGGUAAAUAACUUUGGUCAUGAAGGACUUGGCCUUCUUCUGGACGCUCUGGAGAAGCUACUGGACAAGAAACAACAAGAAAACAUUGAUAAACGGAACCAGCAUAAACUCAUCCAGUGCUUGAAAGCUUUUAUGAACAAUAAGUAUGGGCUGCAGAGGAUCUUGGGCGACGAGCGGAGCUUGUUGCUGCUGGCACGAGCGAUCGACCCCAAACAGACCAACAUGAUGACAGAGAUCGUCAAAAUUCUCUCAGCUGUCUGCAUUAUUGGAGAGGAAAACAUCCUGGACAAGAUUCUGGCUGCCAUGACGAUCGCUGCAGAGAGAAAUAAUAAAGAGAGGUUUGCUCCAAUUGUGGAAGGUUUGGAGAACCACGAGGCACAGCAGCUCCAGGUUGCUUGCAUGCAGCUGAUCAAUGCCCUGGUCACCUCCCCUGAUGACUUGGAUUUCCGCAUACAUCUGCGUAAUGAGUUCUUAAGAUGUGGCCUGAAGAAGAUCCUUUCUGAGCUAAAAGAGACAGAGGAGUUGGACAUCCAGCUGAAGGUGUUCAAUGAGAACAAGGAGGAGGAUGCUAUCGAACUCUCCCAUCGCCUUGAAGACAUCCGCACCGAGAUGGAUGAUAUGAAUGAAGUCUACCAUCUCUUGUCCAAUAUGGUGAAAGACACCGGCUCGGAGAACUACUUCCUGUCAAUUCUCCAGCACCUAUUGCUGAUCAGAAAUGACUAUUACAUCAGGCCUCAGUACUACAAGGUGAUAGAAGAAUGCGUGUCUCAGGUGGUUCUGCAUCGCAGCGGGAUGGACCCCGACUUUGGCUACAGUAAAAGAUUAGACGUGGACUUCACCCAGCUCAUUGAUCAGUGUGUGGAUAAAGCUAAAGUUGAAGAGAGCGAGCAGAAGGCUGCAGAGUACUCUAAAAAGUUUGAUGAGGAGUUCAGUGCGCGCCAGGAAGCCCAGGCUGACACUCAAAAGAAGGAGGAGAAAAUCAAGGAGCUGGAGGCUAAGAUUCAGACCCUUGAGACACAGUUAAUUAUUGAAAAAGACAAGCUCAAAGAGGCUCAGAGACUCAUCAGGGAAUCUGAAGCCAAGAUUGCUGCAGGUCCAGCUACGCCGGGGGCCCCCCCACCACCACCAGUACCAGGGGGUGCAGGGCUUCCACCACCACCACCUCCGCCCCCCCCACCCGGUGGCUGCCCCCCACCCCCCCCGCCACCCCCUCCUCCCCCCGGGCACGCUGGGAUGCCCCCACCACCUCCACCUCCUCCACCCCCAGGGGGAGGCCCACCGCCGCCCCCACCACCGCCUGGCUUCGGGCCCCCACCACCUCCGCCUCCCUUUGGUAUGGGCGGGCCUCCGCCACCUCCUUCGCUGCCUGUCGUCAAGCUACCUUAUGGCCUGGAGGCCAAGAAGGUCUACAAGCCUGAAAAUGUGAUGAAGCGGGUCAACUGGAGCAAGAUAGUGCCUCAGGAAAUGGCAGAGAACUGCUUCUGGAUCAAAGUCAAAGAAGAGAAGUUUGAGAAUCCUGACCUAUUUGCUCAGCUCUCCCUCUGCUUCUCCUCACAGAGUAAAGUGAGAAAAGAUGUGAAAGAUGAGACCGACGACAGAGUACCACAGUUUAAGAAGAAGGCGAAAGAACUUCGUAUCUUGGAUGCCAAGACUGCUCAGAAUCUGUCAAUUUUCUUGGGCUCGUUCCGCCUGCCUUAUGAAGAGAUCCGGGACAUCGUGCUGCAGGUUGAUGAGGAGAGACUGGGCGAAUCACUCAUCCAGAACCUGAUUAAAAACCUGCCAGAGCAGAAAGAGCUGAGUGCCCUUGCAGAACUGAAGAGUGAAUAUGAAGAGUUGGUGGAGUCGGAGCAGUUUGGCAUUGUGAUGAGCUCAGUAAAGCUCCUACGACCACGCCUCAAUGGCAUACUGUUUAAGCUAACCUUUGAGGAGCAGGUGAAUAACAUCCGGCCAGACAUCAUGAAUGUGACGUUUGCCUGUGAGGAAGUGAAGAAGAGUGACAGCUUCCACAAGUUCCUGGAGUUGGUGUUGCUGGUCGGCAAUUACAUGAAUGCUGGCUCAAGAAACGCGCAGACAUUUGGUUUCAACAUCAACUUCCUUUGCAAGUUACGAGACACUAAAUCCAUCAGUCACAGCACAACACUUCUUCAUUUCUUGGCUGAGAAGUGUGAAGAGAAUCACCCAGAGAUUGUGAGGUUCCCAGAGGAACUGGAGCAUGUGGAUAGUGCCAGCAAAGUACCUGCUGAGAUCUUAAAGACCAGUUUGACCACCAUGGAACGCAACAUUCAGAGGCUCGAGAACGAUAUCGAAAACUUCCCCAAAACAGAUGACCAACAAGAUAAGUUUGUGGAAAAGAUGUCUGGCUUCAGUAAACAUGCUCGAGAGCAGUACGAGAAGCUGUCCACCAUGCACAAGAACAUGCAGAAGCUUUACGAGAGCAUUGGCAAUUAUUUUGCCUUCGACCCUCACUCAGUCAGCGUGGAGGAUUUCUUCGGAGAGCUGGCCAACUUCCGCAUCCUCUUCAUGGAUGCAAUGAAGGACAACCACAAGAAGAGGGAGAUGGAGGAGAAGACGAAGAGAGCUAAGUUGGCGAAGGAGAAAGCAGAGCGUGAGAAGCAAGAACGCCAGCAGAAGAAGAAGCAGCUGAUUGACAUGAACAAAGAGGGUGAUGAGACUGGUGUGAUGGACAGCCUCAUGGAAGCUCUUCAGUCCGGAGCAGCCUUCAGAGACAGGCGAAAACGGACACCGCGCAAUGGUGAUCAAAGCCCUUCCAGUCCAGCCUCUCGGUGGCCGGGUGCUAACUAUGGUUCGAGAACUCUAGAUGUCGCCUCUGGGAAAAGCAGACAACCGCCGUGCAGUCCUGGAAAGGUCUCGUUCACGCCACAACGCAAAUCACCAAGCUCGAUGAUUACCCGCGUCUACCACAAGACGCUAGAUAAGUGCCAAAGAGGCCUGCGAAGAGGAGACCAGGAAGACAUCUGAAGGAGGAACAGACCUCCGUCACUGUGGCACACACACACACACACACACACACACACACACUCACACACACACUCGCAGCACCAAGUAUUGAACACAAACGCCUGCAGAAACUACACAGAGCUGCAGAACCAGACAUUUAACGUCAUGCUGUUCAUCGCCUUACGUAUUUAUUCAAUAAUUUCUAAAUGCUUUUAAAGGUUUUGUCCUCUCUUGAGUUUGAUUUAUAGCUAAAAAAAAUAAAUAAUCAAAGCUACUGCUCUUUGAAUUUUAAAGAUUUUAAUUGUAUGAGAGUCAAAUUUAUUUUUUUGCAGGUUUAAACCUUUUACUUCAGUCUUGUAAUUGACAUCAUACUCGAGCUCACAUGCAUUACACAUCGCAUCGCAUUGAAAAUAGACAAUUCUGCCAAGGAGGACUGCAACUUCAUCCACACUCGCUCUCAAGAAGACGGGCGGCGGAGCAGCCGUCUUUUAAAAAGGAAGAUGUUUUAACAAGCUUUCAAACGGCAGACCAUUUCCUCAGCAAGUCACUGAACUCUUAACAGAAGAGGAAACAACUGCUACAUUUGUGUUUCACGUCAUCCCCACCUUUAACAGUUUUUUUUUUUUUUUUUUAGCAGUAAUUAUUACAUCAAACUCCAACUAAACACAAAACAGAACACAAAAGCCGGCUGCGGUUCACUCCAAUGUUUCGGUGACUCGUGGACGUUCGAAAACUAAUCUCCAUUCUGAAAAGAUGCAUUUUAUUUUAUUACUAUUUUUUGCUGCAUAUCACUAAUACCAUUGUUUGUACAUCUCUGUCCUGAAGACACUUUUGCUGUUAACAUUAGAGACUGACAGACUUUUUUUAAACGCAUCUUUCCCCGUGGAGGGACGACUAGAAACUCUCAGAUCUCGCUGUAGGUCACGCAGGUUUUCAGUGGGGGACAUAAUUAUACUAAGGUAUUACAAAAGUUGUAUCAUUAAUCUAUGUCAUCCUUUUUUUUAAAAUGAAGGCUCUUAAAGGAAAAAAAAAAAAAGUACAGCAGUAAUUAAUCUGUGUGGAGAGCGAUGGUAGGGAAAAAGAAAAAUCAGUGCCACUCAGAAUGAUCACAGCAGAUUUCCUGUGGAUCCCCCCCCCAUGGGUUUCUGAAAUGUAAUGAAAUAAACUUUGUGGAGAAAAAUGUGUAAUUAAUAUAAUUUAAUUGAUAUGAAUACAACAAAUGUUUUUACUGUAUAAAACCAGAUAUUAAAUCAAAAUGUAUACUGCAAAACUCACCCUGACAUCUCAGAUAUAUAUGACAAAUAUGAGGAGAGAAAGGAUUAAAAGCCCGGCCAUGACUGACAGACUUCCUCACUCUGCUGAAGACCUCCAAACCUUUUCAGAUCUGUGACGCUAGAAAGGCGCGUCUGCUACAUGGAGAAACCAUCUGCUGCUUGCUGUUUAGGUACAGUACAGGAGAAAUUCUGUUUCCUUGUAUGGACUCUCUGCUGCACACUUCUGCUGAACUAUUUAUUCAUAUAUUCAUGCUUAGGGCAGCCCUGUCCCCCUCACUUCCCCAAAGUUUCAGCAGAUGCUACUAUUGAAUCCACAUGGACACCGGGCGCGACCACAAAAACAGACAGAGGGUCGCAGCAGACAGGACGAUGCUUGUCUUGGCAAGUGAGUCUCCAAACACCUCCCAGUUCCCCGGCGCUAAUAGAAGUGACCCUUUUAUCAUAACACAAGCUACUUUAAAACCAUAUCUCUGCUUGAAGCUUUAGUGUCUGUGUGUUCCCUCUCUUUGUGCGACUGUAUGUGUGCUUCAUGCCAGCUCAGUAAUCAGAACAGGAACCAAGGGAAAAUGGGAUUCAGUGUGCUUGACUCCUGGGCUGAAUAGAUGGAGAUUUUUCAUUUAAACAAUCUGCCAGUGCUGCUUGUGAUGUGUCUUGCUCAUGAAGUCUCCUCUCGAAGGCUGCAUGCUUCUAAAAUGCAAUUUUACACAUCAUCUCAGCUCAAGGUGCACCCACAAUGCUCUGAGAAGUCUGCAUAUUUAAGGAGACAAUAACUCUCCUCUGAAUAUCAGGUUCCAGCAGUCACAGAGAGAAAGCAUUGAGAAUGAGUUUUCUGUACAAGGGACUCCGCAGUGAUCAGUUUUAAAGACCCGUUCACAGCAAAGAUAGAGAUGUGCUGUUAAAAUAAGUAAUGACAUCUUUCUAAUCACUUCUGCAACACCACACCUGAGGUGAUACAAUACCAGUACAAGGACCUGCAGUGAUAUUUGAUGAUGCUUUUAUUCCUUCUCACCGGAUGCUCUACCUGCCAAAACAACCAAGUUAAAUGGAUGGAGGUGACUGAAUAAUUUGAAAUGAAUAACCAUUAUUUAAGCAAAAUACUUUCUUUUUUUUUUUUUUACUGUGACAAAGAUGGUACAGACGUGUGAACUAAAUCAUGAUUUGAUGAACAUUGAACCAUUUAAUAAGUAGGAAAUUAGUCUUAUUAUGGUAGUCAUGUGAUAUUUAUAUUUUAAAACAGUCAAACAUUUGUUUAAAAAAAAUCAUUUCGUGUUAAUGAUAAAAAAAGAGGAAAAAACAAGUUAGUUGAAACGAUUUAAAAAAGGAUUAAUCGUCAUAGAUCGUGAGGUUGGAAGACCUGCCUUUGAUGUGGAACGUACAGCAGUUUUAAUUUCUGGAGAGACUUCUACGAUGCACAUAUUCCUCAUUGUCUCUGUGUUUGUGGUAUCUCUGCUUCAUCCCAUUUCAUAGGAAUUUUAUUUUCUUUUGACUUUCAGGCGGAAGGGUCUGAACAGAGCCUAUGUGUUGAAAAAUAAGUAGAUAAAUAAAUAGCCAAUCAUCCCAUCAUUACUGUACUUGUGCUAUAACAAAUAUUAGCUGAUGACGUGACCAGUGCUCAUGGUGAUUGUAAGAAUGAGGAGGCAGGGGUAUAACAAUGAAAAAGGUGCCAUUUCUGUGGUGACUGGUGGCAAGUGCUUGAGUUGAAUUCAAACUUCCCCGUGUUGCUCAACUAAGAGUGCACUUUAUCCCACGAGAUACUCUGCUCAGACGGAAAGAUUUGCUAAGAUUCGUAAGUGCAACAUUGCCACAAACGGAGGGAACUAUUUGCAAAGUACGUCUUUUGGUAAAUAGUUCCCAGCUGCCACAUAUCCAGUUCAUACUUUGGUAGUGUUCGCUGUUAAUUUGAGAAAGAUAAAUAACGACUGAAUCAACAAGCUAUCCUCACUUUUGUUGACAAACCCAGUCUGACCAUGAUGUGUAAGCUGCCAUAUCCCUGCCUUCCUUCCCUCCCUCCUUGUUGUCAUUGAGUAUGUUAAUUGUCUUAAGAAACAUUUAUAUUUGUAACAUUUUUAAGUUUAUUUGUAUCCUUGGGAACAUUAAAAAAAAUACAAAAGAAAACAAAAUGGUUGUGCAAACUGUCCUUCCAUAGAAUAUCUGAUGGAGUAUGGUACUAAGUAAUAACCGCUUUGUUACAUAAAAUGAUUU